UCCAUUUUCAACAGGCAAAGCCGCGACAGGAGCACCCAGCCGCCCUCGUCAGCAGCCGUGCGGUAACAGCGAGAGCAAUACAUGCGAAGCAGCGAAAUUAAUCUGCACGAAUAAGUGGAUAUUCACGCACUGAUUACAUCAUUUUACUGGACUAUUUAUUCUACUGUUGUUGUUUAUGUUUUCUAUCCACCCGAAGUUUGUUUUUAAUUGCCCAAUUCGCAUUUCUAACUGAUUUCCAACUCAAAAUGGAGAAUCAAGAAGGCAAAUAUCUCCCGGAGCUCCUCGCGGAGAAAGACAGUCUGGACGUGUCAUUUACGCACGCGAUGAAACUUUUAUCCGCAGAAAUCGAGAGAAUCCAGAAAGGUGAGCCCAAGAAGGAAGGAGGAGACGCGUAUUUGGACCUUUUCACCGUCAAGAAUAUCAAACUGAAGGAACGCGUGCUCAUACCCGUCAAACAGUAUCCGAGGUUCAACUUUGUGGGGAAGAUUCUUGGCCCUCAGGGCAACACAAUCAAACGCCUUCAGGAAGAGACUGGGGCCAAGAUCUCUGUACUGGGCAAAGGUUCCAUGAGGGACAAGGCGAAGGAGGAGGGUCUGAGGAAAGGUGGCGAGGCCAAGUACGCACACCUGUCUAUGGAGCUGCAUGUCUUCAUCGAGGUGUUUGCCCCCGUGCCCGAGGCUUACCUACGUAUGGCGCACGCCAUGGAGGAAGUCAAGAAGUUCCUGUUUCCUGACAUGAUGGAUGACAUCUGUCAGGAACAGUUCAUGGAGAUGGGUUAUCUGAACGGGGGCCAGGAGCACGGGCCAGGGGCCCCACGAGGUAGAGGCGGACCACCGGGCCCCAGGGGCCGAGGAGGGCCACCGGGUCAAACAGGGGCAUCCAGGGGUAGAGGUAUGCUCCCACGUGGAGGUGUCACAAGGGGAGGUGCGCCCCGCGGAGGGCCAGCGAGAGUUGGAGUAGUGAGGGGGUCACCGGCAGGAAGAGGGGGACAUCCAGCUGCCCCCGCCCGAGGGGCAGCAACGCCCCGAGCCAGACCCCCUGCCCCUGGGGGACCACCGAGGAUGCCCCCUCCACCCCCCCACCAGCACCAACACGGCCCAGGACCGGAACAAUAUGAGGAAUAUGCUUAUGAUGAGGGCUACACAGAGCCAGCGUACGAGUCAUACGACAAUUACUACAGUCAACCACAGGCAGAGCCAGAGUACUACGACUACGGACAUGGAGAGGUACAGGAGGCAUAUGAACCCUACGCCCAGGAUGACUGGAACGGAGCCCAGAGAGCGGCACCGGCGGGGAAGGCCCCACCUUCCAGAGCGGCUAAGGGCCCUUACCGAGAACACCCCUAUAGACAAUACUGAACUCACCAUGACAGCGCCUAGCGACCAACGCUAACGAGUUGCCCUAACAACCAACCAACCUGUCUACCACGGCAGCUCUCGCUCUAAGCAAAACCCUCGAAAAAAGUAAUUGUCCGUUUUUGUUUUUGUUUUGGUUUUGGUAUUUUCUACUACGAUGGACUUUUACAAACAGAAAAUGAGGAUCUUGACUGAUUGAAGCUGGUUUGAUAUUUCAUUCAGAGCAACCCUAAAGCAUUUUUUUUUAGAUGGGUUAGAGAAUAUAACUGUAUUUUAGUUUGAAGUUUUAGUUCAUCUGUUUUUUAUCUCUCCCUUGGCUUUUUUUUUGCAUUGUUGACCGUAAACUUUUUUAUUUUUUUUACAUUUUGGAUUUAAACUCAUUUCGAGUGGAGUUGGAGACUGCUAAUCCACUUGUUAGCAUCUUAAGAAGAUCUUAAGAUCUUUUCUUCUAGAGCGUCUUAAGAAAACCAUUUUUAAUUAUUUUGUUAAAAAAAUACUUUGCUAAGGGACAGUUGCAGAUUCCCAUUUAGGCUACAUUUCAAAAUUCUGUUUUAAUAAGUAAAAGCGAAGUAAAAGAAAAUGCAACGCUGUUUCAGUUAUGUAAUAUAGACCAAACAAAAAAACAUCAAAUCAAGUCAAAGGAAACAGUAAAAACAAACAAAUGGUAAUGGAAUUUCUAGCAGCGAUCUAUUCAUUCUUCAUUUAUAAUUCCCAUUUGUUUUAAAUAGUCUUUUAAUUAAAAGUUGUCAAUUUAGAUUUAGGCAGCAAGGGAUUAUAUAAAUGAUAUUUUGUCAUUGUACAUUUAGAGUUUUGAAAUAUAGGCCUAAUAACCACUGUUGAGAUGGACUGUCCUCACAUACUUCACUUGUUUAUUAAAGCUGUUCAACAUUUUAAAGUACAUUUUUAUUAUGUCUCUGUGUUAUUCUACUUCUUAGAAGUAGAUAAUAUAUGAUGAUAAAGAGAAAACAACACGUCUUACUACAGGAUCUUAUUGGUUGAAUCUGAGUCUAUAAACUGCAUGUAAAAAAAAAUGACGCAAUGAAGGAUUGGGACAAAAAUCUCCACAUGGGUUUUCUCUUUACACAGAGAAGGGAUCCUGCAGUUCAUUAAUCUGGUGUCUUUGUACAUACUUUUAGAAAAAAAACGUCCAAACUGUACCUAUCCACUAUUCUGCCACUGGUAUGUGUACCCUCUCCAUUAAAAAUGCAUUAUGCUCUAUGUGUAAGGCUUGUCUAAAUAGGUACUACUACAUCUGCCCAGAAGAUGUUUUGUAGCAGUUUGUCAAUAAAGAUUUAGUUUGUUUUUUCUAUGAAA